CAGCACGGGUACUGCAUUUGAAGCAAAGGUUUUGAAGGCAGAAAUGUGAAAUGAUACGCAAGUUAAGUGAACAAGUCACUUAGGCCAUAACUUCUCAAACAUUUAUGGUUGUAACAGGAGAUGUACCCUCAUUGACAAAGUAGAAUUGAAUAUUCUGGGACUGAAAUAUGUUUCUGCUGAAAUGAGUGAUCAGACCAUUUUUGUGCUUUUGGAACUCUGACAUUACUUGUGUCCAGCAAGCAGCAUGCAAGAGGAAUAAGCUUAUCAGUCGAAAACGGGGCACUUGAUUCUGAAUAGAUUUAAAGAUGACCUAUCAAUGUUGCAAUAUGUUCCAAGAAAAGCAAUAAGAAGAAAAAAAGGAUGGCUGGUUGCGGUGAGAUCGAUCACUCAAUCAAUAUGCUUCCCACCAACAGGAAGACAAAUGAAUCUUGUUCCAACGCAGCACCAUCUCUUAUGGUCCCUGAAUGUGCUAUCUGUCUGCAAACAUGUGUCCACCCUGUGAGUCUGCCUUGUAAACAUGUCUUCUGCUAUCUGUGUGUGAAAGGAGCUUCCUGGCUGGGAAAGCGAUGUGCGCUCUGUCGCCAGGAGAUCCCAGAGGACUUUCUUGAUAAGCCAACUUUACUGUCACCCGAGGAACUCAAAGCAGCCAGCAGAGGAAAUGGGGAAUAUGCUUGGUACUAUGAAGGCAGAAAUGGUUGGUGGCAAUAUGAUGAACGCACCAGUAGGGAGCUGGAAGAUGCCUUUUCUAAAGGUAAAAAGAGCACUGAAAUGUUAAUUGCUGGGUACUUGUAUGUGGCAGAUCUUGAGAACAUGGUUCAGUAUAGGAGAAAUGAGCAUGGACGUCGCAGGAAAAUAAAACGGGACAUAAUAGAUAUUCCAAAGAAGGGAGUGGCUGGGCUUAGGUUGGACUGUGACUCUAAUGCUAUCAAUCUAGCACGAGAGAGUUCUGCUGAUGGCGCAGACAGUAUACCUGCUCUAGGAGCUGCUGCUGGGCAGCCUCUACCAACUGUUUCUGUUAGACCCCUACCUUCACUAGAUGGUCAGCUGACAAGUCCUGCAACGCCAUCACCUGAUGCAAGCACUCUAGAGAACUCUUUUGCCAACUUGCAAAUAAAUGGAAACGGUAUGGUUGAAAGGAGCAAUAGGGGUGAGGGAGAGGAAGACCAUGAAUCAUCGUCUUCUGGUAGGGUGCCAGUUCUUGACACCUCCGUUGAGGAAACAGAAUCGGAUGCUAGCAGCGAUAGUGAGGAUGUGUCUGCCCAACUUCAGCUGCCUGUAUCCUCUGCACAGCAGAGACAUGUGAAUGCGAAUCAGCCAGCCUUGGAUAGAUCAGUGACAGGGAGUGGGGUGGGAAGCACCAGCGUAAGAUCUAGAAGGCCUGACGGACAGUGCACAAUAACUGAAGUUUAAAUCUAGAGCCAUGUUUUAAAAACUCGGUCUUGUACCUGUACAUCUUGUCUGCAUUGGCAUUGCACUCCAGCCUAGCAGUGUAUUUAAUGUGUUUCAGUGUGGAGGAGGGGAAAAGCAAACUUGGUCAUCUAACUUUAACUUCAAAAGCAGUCUCUUAACAUGUCUUGGAUGGAAGACUCAAUGUUUU